UUCUUUCUCCAGCAAACGAAAAAAUGGACUCUUACACUUCAUUACUCGAGAAAACCCGCCUCCCUCAACCUUCCCUCCAAAAAUUCGCAGUAAUCUCCAUCUUCUCCAAGCUCCAAACCGCUCCGGUUCACCUCGGACCCGAUUCGAAGCCCGGAGCACAAGCUAUCUCUCAAUGCCUCCAGUCCUCUUCUCCCGCCGUAGUCGACCAAUCAGUUCGCGAGGUUUGCCGCCUCGUUUUGAAUUCCAACAUGAACCUAUCUCGGGCCUUGUUGGAGCUCCAAUCAGCAUUGGAAGGAUCCGAUCCCAAAUUGGUUCCUCUCUUCGUGAAAUCCUUGGGGUUUCUCGUUUGUGUCGGGUACGAACGUAGUAACGGGUCUUGGAAACCCGAGUCCCAUGAAGAUCACCCGUUUGUCAAGAUUCUUUCCGGUCGGAGAGAGGUUGAACGGGAGCUUGUGAAUCAAGUUUUGUUAUUUAUGGCGAAAAACAAGGGAUUGGGAAUGGUGGAAGUCUGCGAGUUCUUGAGACAUUUUCUGAUUUUUUCGAUUUUAAGAAUGAAUGUCUCGGAUUCUUCAUUGUUUUUGUUUGCUAGACAGUUGAUUACGUCAAUGGCAUCGUUUUGCUGUUCAAUUCCUAACCAGGCAUUGCCAAUUUUCAGAACACUUAUACAUUGCCUGAAACAUUUCCCUCUCAAAAGCUUGGAGGAAACCAGGAACUUUUGCUAUGUGGUUGAAUGUUUGGUUGACUCGUUUACUGUGGUUUUGAGGCAAUUGGUUGGAAAAGGAGUGUUGAUUACUGAAGCUCAACUACAUGGGGUGGAACUAAUAGAGAAUGUGCUUUCACUCUAUACGUCCCCUUGCAAGCAGUCUGAUGAGGUUGAGCAUAUAGUUGAGCUAUUAAAACACAUGUUGGUGGCCCAGAAAGAUCUUGCACUGCAUUAUAUGCCGGAACUAGCAUCAGUAAUAUUAUCCUUAUCUGUUUUGCUCAUCGAAUCCGAUCUUGAACAUCAACAGCUCUCAAUAUUAAAAUUCCUUCACUUUCUUUUGAAGUGGAAAAGCGAAAUAGAGUAUGCUGUUAAUGGAGCUGAAUAUUUCCUUAGUGAAGAGCUUUUAGUUAUUUUUCCUGUCAUCAGCCUCAUAUCAUCCCCCUCUAAAUCAGUUAAAGGAGCUGCAAAUGAUUUGCUUGUCCUUUUAGAAAGGCUUUUAGUAAAAUUAUUGACAAUGCCAAAGAUUAAGCUAGCCAAGAGGGUCGGCUAUCCAUCUAUUAGCAGACCUGAACUGAUAGCUUACAGGCUUUUGCAACAUCUAUGGUUUGAGGAUCAAAAUUCAUUGUCCAGUUCUUUCUUUCUAAGUUUCUUUUCUGUUUGUGGAACUGAUGUCCAAGAAAUGCAUGGCAGACCAAGAUCUUGGGCUUAUCAACUAAAAGAGCUUGCUCUAUGGAUUGUUGAGAGAAGAAAAUCAGGUCUUCCUGUCCCACGAUCUCAAGAAAUUCUUCUAACAGAAAUGCCCUUGCUAUUUGGGGCAAUUGCUGCAGUUUUGGUUAUGCAUCCAUCACUUGGAAGUACUGCUAUAGAUGCUUUAGCUUCCAUUGGCAAUAUGGAUCCAAAACUAGGUGUUUCUUUGUUGCUAAGCAUUCUAUUUUAUAAUAACAUAUUCACCAGAAAAGAUGUUGUCUACCAGAGUAUGUUGCCUAAGCUUUUGGGAAUGCUUCCAUCACUUGCAUCACAGACUGGGAUGAUUCCGCUUGUAGUUCAAACUAUCUUGCCAAUGCUGCACAAGGAUGCAAAACCAGUGUUGUACGCAACAGCUACUCGCUUGCUUUGUCAAACCUGGGAGAUCAAUGAUCGUACCUUUAGUAGUUUGCAAGGAGUAUUAGCUCCAAAAGGUUUCACUGAAUUCAUGCGCGAGAGAAAUAUCUGUAUAAGUAUGGCUGUUUCCAUUCGGGAUGUUUGCAGAAAGAACCCUGAUAGGGGUGUGGACCUUAUCUUGUCUGUCUCGGCUUGCAUUGAGACUCCAGAUCCCACAAUUCAAGCUCUUGGUUUUCAAAGUCUUGCGCACCUUUGUGAAGCUGAUGUGAUUGAUUUUUAUACUGCAUGGGAUGUUAUUGCAAAAUAUAUGCAAGGCUAUAAUGAGGACCCAGUUCUUGCCUAUAGUGUCUGCUUUCUCCUAAGAUGGGGUGCAAUGGAUGCUGAUGCAUAUCCAGAUGCCUCUAGGGAAGUAAUGAAGAUUAUAUGGGAUGUUGGCUGCUCCUUACAUAUGGGUCAUGAAUUACAAUGGGCAAAGGCCAGGGCCUCUGCAUUUGAGGCCUUAAAUCAAUAUGAGAUACCAAGUAUUGUGAAGAAUAUUUCAAAUUUCAAGCAAAUGAUCAUGGAUCUACUUCUUUCUGAGACAAAUCCAGAUGUACUUAAGGCCUUGGAAAGACUUCAAGUGAAAAUUAUAGGACAUGAACAUAGCAAUCGGCGAAGAUUUGUAAAGGAGAAAAAGGUCCCUGCAAGUAAGAUUGAGAAGUUGCUGGAUGUAUUUCCGCAGGUGAUCUUCUCAUCAGGAAAAAGAAGUAAUUCUGGAGAACUACCUGGUGCUGCCUUAUUAUGUGGUUCCUUUAUUUCUAGCACUUCGAAAAACCAAGGCACAACAAAAGGGUUGCAAGAUUCUCAUUCUGGAUAUGAAGAUAUAAUGGUGCAAAUAGCUGCAUCUCUUCAACUCUCAAGAAAUAUUUUUGUUGCGCUUCUUUCACUUGAAUCAUGGAAAGCCUUUGUGAGACGUUGGAUGAGGGCUAAUAUCUUGUCUAUCGAUGCUAAAGCCUCGGUUGUUGUUUCAGAUAAAACUUCUAAAGCUGCUAAUAGUAUUCUGAAGAGCAUGAUGCGAAUUGCUGAAGAAUCUAUCCCUAGAUCUGCUGAAAAUCUUGCUUUGGCAAUUGGUGCGCUUUGUGCGGUCUUGCCACCAUCUGCCCAUACCAUUAAAUCAACUGCUUCAAAGUUUCUUUUGGGUUGGUUGUUUCAGUAUGAACAUGAACAUCGCCAAUGGUCAGCUGCCAUCUCUCUUGGAUUGAUCUCAAGCUCCUUACAUGUGACAGAUCAUGAGCAGAAAUUUCAGAGCAUUACUGGACUUCUUGAGGUUUUGUGCUGUAGCAGAAGCUCCAUUGUAAAAGGAGCCUGUGGAAUUGGCUUAGGAUUUUCCUGCCAAGAUCUUCUUUCAAGAGUUGAAACUCCAGAUGACUCUAAUGCUAAUGGAGAAAGCCACAAGAUGCUGGAAGAGAGAUUGUUGGGAAGAAUAGUUAGAACUUUCUCUAUGAUAUUACAUCCAGUUGCUGCUUCUUCAGCCAAUAAUCUUGAAACUCUCUGUGCACAUUUUCCAGCAAGCACAGAUGAUAUAGAUACUAGCAUAACUUCUGACUUGUUAGAUGAUGAUUGUGAUUAUUUGGAGGAUGAUAUAUGGGGCAUAGCUGGUCUCGUUAUUGGCUUAGGGAGCUCUAUUGGUGCAAUAUAUAGAGCUGGUGUAUAUGAUGCUGUGCUCACGGUGAAAGACUUGAUUAUAUCUUGGAUUCCUCCUAUGAGUUCCUCGGUUCAAAGCUAUGGUUCUAGCAGUGAAAGGUCUGAGAUGCUUUUAUCUGUGGGAUCCUGUCUUGCACUUCCCCUCGUGGUGGCUUUUUGCCAAAGAGUGGAAAUGAUGGAUGGUAAUGAACUAGACCAUCUAGUCAAUGGCUACAUGGAACUUAUUUCUGACUUGCUGUCAGUCCAUAAAACCGGUGCUUUUCACAAGAGUUUGUUGAUGGCAUCAACUGCUGGAGCUGGAAGCCUAUUAUCAUGCAUAUUAUCUGAAGGCUUGCACUUAAUUGAAGUGGAACGUGUGAAGUGUUUACUUGAACUGUUUAGAAAAUGUUAUUCUAGUCCUUACCCUCCUAUCGUCCAUUUAGGUGGGAUGCUUGGCAUUGUUAAUGCUUUUGGGGCAGGUGCUGGAAAUUUAGUUGAUUUUCACCCUUUUAACUCCUCUGUGCAAACUGGUUAUGAUCAAAAGGAACCUUCCCAUAUUUCAGGUCCAAUACUUGUGAAUUCUGUUUGUGAAGACCACUCAACAUCACUGAUGCAAGAGAUUUUUCUUGUUGCUCAAAAUCCUGAUGAUAAUCAAUUGCAACAAUAUGCAGCGUGGGCAAUUUCAUUUCUUCGACAGCGACUGUGGUCUAGAGAAAUUUCGAAUAGUGCUGGUGGUACACAAACUGAGUCUGCUGGCUCAAAAUCUAUUUCGCAAGGUGUUCCCGAGGACAGUGCAGUCAUGAAACUUGGUCUGUGGCUUAAAUCUUUUAAUCAUUCCAGGACAGGUACCAAUACACAUGUAUGCACAGUAACUGCUAUUUUAAGGUGUCUAUCGCUAGCUCCUAGGUUACCAACCAUGGAUUGGGGUGCAAUUGUUAGACGCUGUAUGAGAUAUGCUCAAGUUACUCAGUUGCCGGCACCAAAUAUCACUCUUAAGGGAGGAACCCUCAGGGAGGAAUGCUUGCAGUUUGCCUUAGUUCAUGCAAAGCAAUUUGAUGGUCUCCUAACAUUCCUAGAUGAACUGUCUGACCUUUCCCGGUUCAGGACACUGGAGAUAAGUCUCCAAUCUUGUCUGCUCAAUCAUUUGGCAGACCUGAUAAAACUAUUCUCAGGUUCAAGGCUGGAGAAAUUAUUGGAUGAUGUGAGUAAUUACUUUUCUUCACUUACAACAGACCAGGUGCUAAAGUCGGAGGAGAGAAGUUCAUUACGGAGUUCUUGUUGGAAGGGUCUCAAUCAGUGUCUGGAUGAAGCAUCUCUCGACUCUCUAGAAUACAUUAAAAAUAUCGAAAGGUGCAUGGAAGUGCUUUUUUCUUUAUUACCAUUACCUCAAGCUCCUGUUAUUGUGCAAGUGAAUCAGUUGAACUCAGUUGAGUGGUCCGAGGCGGUUAGGUGCUUGGCAAAGGCUCGCCCAGGCUGGUUAUUGGAUUUUCUGCACGUUUCACAUCUGGAUUCAGUAACAAGAGAUUUCCAGUUCGUCGAAGUGCUGAAAAAGAUUCAAGCUAAAGCCAAGCUAGUUCGGAUUGGUUCCAUCCCACCGACUGAACUGGGAAAAUCGAAGUCUUAUUUAUUGAAUUCAGAACCACUUGGUACUUGGGGUGUGCUUCUUGAAGUUGUAGCAACUCUACAACAUGUGGAGGGAAGUGUAAAAAGACAAUGGUUGGUUGAUGCAAUCGAAAUCAGCUGUGUUUCAAGUUAUCCUUCCACGGCACUGCAGUUUAUUGGUCUUCUAUCUGGUUCUUGCUGCAAAUAUAUGCCCCUCCUCAUUGCAGAUCAGUCAUAUGUUCUGAACGAUAUACCAGUUACCCUUACAUCUCUAUUGUCGGAUCCAAACUGGGAAGUGGUUGCAGAAAGCUGUACUUCUUAUCUUUUGUCGUCGACAGAAAGGAUUUACAGUUGGGCUACGAAAUUAUCAUCAGAGAGUGGUGAUAAUAGAUCACCAAGUUCAGAAGGUAUCGAUGAGAGUGAAAAGGGAACGGCUCAGAUUCUAUUGCCUGUUAUGCAUCAUGCAUGUGUUUGUUUGAAACAUUAUUUGCCUUUGGAGAAGCAACUUAGACUUGCAAACAUGGUUGUUCAUUAUGUAAGGUAAAAUUGGAGGCUGAGGAUAUUAAGCUAACACCCAUAAAAUCAAUUUCAGAUCAAAGCUUAAUUUGAUUUUCUGUAUAA